GCCCUAGACCAUAUGUACGCCGAAAGGAUCGGCCACGGAUAUCACGUGACAGAUAGCCCGGAACUGUACAGUCGAUGUAAGAAAGAAAGAGUCCAUUUUGAAAUAUGCCCUAUUUCAAGUAUAAUAACAGGCGCAUGCCCAGUGGACAUCAUGAAGCAUCCACUCAUCGGGUUUGCAAAUGAUGGAGUGAAUUUCUCUCUCAAUACUGACGACCCAAUAAUUCUAGACAAUGACCUUGCUGACGAUUACGUACUAGCUGGUAAAAUGGGACUGAGCGACGAACAGAUAAUACAAUCCAUAUUUAAUGCUGCAAGGGCUUCAUUUGCAACAAAGGAACAGAAGAAAAAACUUCUAGCAGAUUUAGCAGAAGUAUAUGGCGAUUAUUAAAUUAUUUUAGCUAUCUAGUCUUAAGAAAACUAUGAUUUCAGGUUUUAAAACGCAUAAUCAGGCGCCUUUGUGACCAUAAUUAUAACUCAAAAUCGAUGAAAACUUGACAUAAUAUCAAAUAUUUAUACAUAUAUUUACAUGCCUUUGUAACACUAAUUCUAACUUGUUUAUCAAAUGUGAAAAUGAUAGGAUUGACUAUGGCUGACUAUGGUAGUGUUAUUGCUAAAUUUCAGAAAGAGAAUUGCAGUGAUUCAUGUUUUAAUACCACGAUCUUAGAAAUUGAAUAUUUUCGGUGUUUUAGGAACGUUUACCUCUUACUAUGUAAUCUAAUCAUAUAUCAAGUACAAAUAACUAUUUUUCUUUGCGAGAACUGUAAGAGAAAAUAAAAUAGUUAUAUUUUUAUAUAAAUGACUUCCCUCGUUCAGAGGCUUAAAGUCAUAAGCUAUAAUUCGUCUAUAAUGGUAAGAACAGUAACUUAAAUGUCCUGAAUAUUAAGCGAAAUGUGAUGGAAUUACACAGCAUAAAACAUUGUUGUUUUUAAUGAAUAACAAUUAUUUUGUACAUAUAUUUGUCUAUUUCAAUGACAUUUAUUCUCGGCGUAUAUUCGAGCAUACAAUCCGUUUUGUACCCUAUAAUCCUUUCUCGUUUCUGGAUCUUUUUUGCUGCUUCAUAUUAAUAUUUUAAAUAUUUGCCAUUAUACUUUUUUCAUUCCAAUUUGCAAGUGUUCGGGGCCCUUUGUUCUUCCCAGUUGCUCAGGUAACCGACCAUGCUUUCGAUGUCUAACGCUGGUACUAAAAUGUUUCCCGGUGACAAUUUUUAUACCAACAGUUUACAUAAAUAGUUGUAUUAGUACAAUAAGCGAUGAAUUGACAGCGACCUCUUUCCACGAAACAUGACGCAUGUUAAUAGUCUAGCAGGGACUGUUUACAAGGUGCUUUAUGAAUUAAAUGUGGUUACCAUUCAGCUGAUACCUGUUUACGAUGUGUAUAAAUAUACUAAAUCUCCCAUCACGGUCAUCCUACUUUCUGAACAUUGCUUUCGAACACUGCCGAUGAGUGCCAAAUGCGUGACAUCCGGUAGGAAAUCACUCAUUUUUCAUUAUAGACAAUUUCAUAUAAGAACUAUUUCUUUGGGAAGAACAAAGGAAGAAAUGGCUGGGUUAUUAGUUUGUUCGUAACAGGAGAAUUUUCGUAUCGAACGGGUUCGUAAUAUACAUGUUUUACUGUAUAUACUAAUCGUGUUUUUCAUGAAUGCGAUAUCGAAUGGUUAUACCACCUUAAAUUUGGAGAAACUAUAUUUUUUCCCAAACCUGUAAUUCUAUAGGAGAAAACAUCUAUAUAGAAUUGAAGAAUAUCAAGAAUAUAUGUGACAUAAUUAGGCAUUAUUAUUCUUUAUACGUUUACGUGCAAUGCUUUUCUGCCAACAAAUGACAUAUAUACAGUAUUGACAUUUGUGAUCAAAUAACUAAGUGCUUUUAAACAAUUAAGUUUAAUUUUUCAUGAACAAAUUGUCUAUAUAUCCAUGCCUUAUAUCCUUUUUAUCUUGUUUUGUAUUCAUCUAUAAACCUGCUGAGUUACUUGUUGAGAUUGAUGGAUAUAUCAAUGAAAUACAAAGAAUAAUAAAGUGAUUUGCGUCUGAUUUGU